AUGACAAAGUUGGAUGUUGCAAAGAAAUGGGUUGAUAUUAUCAUGAAAUGUGUGACUUCUGUUUCUUACUCAAUCCUUAUCAAUGUUAUUCCCCAAAACCCUUUCUUACCAUCUAGAGGUAUUAGAGAAGGGGACCCUCUCUCUCCCUACUUGUUCAUCUUCUGUGCUGAGGUUCCAAGUAAGUUAAUUCAAAAAGCUGAAAGUAGAGCAGCAAUCACAGGUGUCCCUAUUGGCAGGUCAGCAAAACACAAGGAAGCAAAGGAUCUGAUCAUAGCAGUCGCAGGCAUCAAAUCUUCUCAAUCUUAUGAUAGGUACCCUGGCUUACCAACUCAGAUAGUGAGAGGCAAAAUUAGCAACUGCAAGUUGAAGCAUUUGAGUCAAGCUGGUAAAGAAAUUCUCAUCAAAGUAGUCCUUGAAGCAAUUCCUACUUAUAGCAUGGGAGUUUUUAAACUUCCUAAACCCAUAGUGGAGGAGCUUCUUAAACAGAUUGAUUAG